AUGUGGAACGCCGUCAAGCCAGAGACCAGCUCAACCGGGCCAUACCGAAUGUCCUCUCGGCACGCUGUACCGAUUCAGGGGGUUGAUAUCGCACCAUCAGUACCUACGCCAACCUUCGGCAUUGUCUACCGAGCGACCAACCGUCACAUCAAUCCGAUUCUGACAGAUUACCUCAGAAUUCCUGCCAAAACCUGUCAAGACGACGUGUCGACCUCCGAAAACACUCCCACGAGUCCCACAUCGAAACUAAGUACUAAGAAUAUCACAAACGCUCUCUAUAAAUAG